UGGAUCACAGAUUCACAGCUCUUGACUCCCUUUCUUUUCCAGAUUCCGAAUUUGGAAAGAAGCAUGGAUUUCCUCAGAAAUGGUGCGCUCUUCUCAUUCUGCUCUCUGGUUCUGUCUCUUUUCUUAGCUCUUAUUGUCAAAAUGCUGCACAAAUUCUGGUGGAGACCAAUUCAAAUACAAAGAAAAAUGGCUUCUCAAGGUAUCAAAGGUCCAGCUUACAGGUUCUUCUAUGGAAGCACCAAAGAGAUGCUUCAAAUGAAGAGGGAAGCCACAAGCAGACCCAUGAGUCUUUCUCAUGAUAUUUUCCCUUAUGUCCAGCCCCACUUCCACAAGUGGACUCAAACUUAUGGCAAGAAUUUCUUGGUGUGGCAUGGCCCUCAAGCUUUUCUAGUUAUCUCGGAUCUGGACAUGGUUAAAAAGGUACUCAAUGAUAACGACCACACGUUUUCGAAAAUUUUCCUCCAAGAUCAAGUGAAGAAGAUUGUAGGUGAGGGACUGGUGACGUCUGAAGGCGAACAAUGGGCAAAGCACCGAAAGCUGGCGAAUUUCGCUUUUCACGGGGAAAGUCUGAAGAGUAUGGUUCCGGCGAUGGUGGACUGUGCUCAUAUGAUGAUCCAAAGAUGGAGUGAUCGAGAAUGCCUGGAGAUUAAUGUUUAUGAAGAAUUUAAACUGUGCACAUCGGAUGCAAUAUCGAAAACUGCAUUUGGGAGCAGCCAAGUUGAAGGCAAAACUGUUUUUGAGAACGGGGUCAAGUUGGGAUUGACGAUGGCAAAAGCUUCUUCACAAAUAAGAUUACCGGGAAUCAGCAAGCUCUGGAAACCGACUUAUGAGAUUGAGGCAGAGAAACUUGAGAAAGGGUUACGUGAAGCAGUGUUAAAGAUUAUAAAAAGAAGACAACGGAAGAUAAAUUCCGGAGAGAUGGAGAGCUAUGGGAAUGAUUUCCUAGGGUUACUGUUAAAGGCUAUGCACGAUGUGGAUGAGAACAAGAAAAUCACAUUCGAUAAUGUAAUUGCUGAGUGCAAGACGUUCUAUUUUGCUGGAUAUGAAACCUUAAGCUCCUUACUUGCAUGGACAGUCUUCCUCCUCGCAGUUCACACUGAUUGGCAACAAGAAGCAAGAAAGGAAGUCCUCAAUGUACUUGGAGAUCGAGAUCCUGAUUUCAAUGGAAUAACGAAGCUCAAGAAGAUGGGCAUGAUCAUGAACGAAUCUCUCCGCUUAUAUCCUCCAGGAGUUGGUGUCCCUAGAAAAGUAACUAGGCAAGCAAAACUUGGCGAUCUCAUUCUUCCAGCAGAUAUAAUGGUACACAUACCAAUCCUAAAGAUUCACCACGACCCUCAAAUUUGGGGAGAUGAUGCACAUCUCUUCAAGCCAGAGAGAUUCUCAGAAGGAGUUGCUAAGGCUACAAACAACAAUCCUGCGAUGUUCCUUCCCUUUGGCCUUGGACCCAGAAAUUGCGUUGGCCUGAAUUUUGCGACAGUCGAAGCAAAAAUUGUCCUCGCUAUGAUUCUGCAGCGCUACAGUUUCACUCUCUCCCCUGCUUAUGUCCACUCCCCUGUCGAACUUCACAAUUCUCGCCCUCAAUAUGGAGUUCAGGUUAUUUUCAAUGCAGCAUAGUGAGAACUGUGAAGAUGUAUUUGUGUAAGUGGUCCAAAAAAGAGGAUGCAUACGUGUAUCCAUCCUUCUGCUGUUUUCAGACUUAAUCAGAACUGGGACCAUCUGCUGUUUUCA